AAAUCUGCGUGUCGCGUGCAUUGAUCGAGCUCGACGCUGAACUGUAAGCUGUCGCAAUAAAACAAGGAGCAUCAAAUGUUGUCUGUAGUUCGCUACAUUACCAAGAUGUCUGAAGAUAUUUCGAGUGUGCAGUUAUGUGAGGAUUUCGGUCGUGAGAAUUUACAACUGAACAAACAUUUGGAGAAGAUGACUGAACAAAUGGAAAAUAUUUCAGUAAAUUUGUCUUGGAUGGCUUAUGAUAUGGUUGUACUCCGCACCAGUCAAGAUCUGGCUGAAUCCCUCAAGAGUCUGGAGAAUGAGUUUCUCAAGUGCAAAGAUGUCAUCUGUGGUCCCACAGAUGGGCAAGAUAAAAAAUGUCAUCCUGAUGCUCAAGAACAUAAUAUCCCCCAAGAAUAGAUUCAAG